AUGGCAGUCUCUUCCUACUCGCGCCCCUGCGAUGCGACAAACAUCGGGUAUGGCACUGCGGGCUUCAGAACCAACGCAGAGCUAUUGGACAACGUGAUAUACCGAAUGGGGCUAGCAGCUGCCUUACGCGCCAAGGCGCUCGGCCGGAAGGUGGGUGUCAUGAUCACGGCCUCCCACAAUCCAGAGCGAGACAACGGCGUCAAGCUGGUAGAGCCAAUGGGUGAGAUGCUGCUGGCUGAAUGGGAGGACCAAAGGAACCAGGAACAGUGGAACCGAACACCGGGAACACAUGCGGACAUGUGCAGCAUAGCGAUGGAGGACCACUUGAACCAGGACCACUUGAACCAAACACCGGGAACACACACGGACAUGUGCAGCAUAGCGAUGGAGGACCACUUGGACCAGGACGACUGGAACCAAACGCUAGGAACACAUGCGGAAAUGUGCAGCACGGCGAUGGAGGACCAGAGGUACCGAAGACCGAAAAGUCUUUGCCACCUGCAUCGACCGAAAUACCUGUGCCCCCGACUCCUUUGCUUGGAACAGACCACUUACCUCCUGGUGAAACAAUUGUGUCAGGUGAAGAACCUGUUGGCGUGCCAACCAUGCCUGAUGCAGUACGUGAAGGUGGACAAACUCGGCCUGCUGCAGUACCUGUAG